AUGCCAGAGUCACAUGGUGAACACAAGCCAGGCAUCAGAACAGAGCAGAGUCCAGACAGUGGGUUUGGUAAUUCAGAAGGCGUGAAGCUAAAGCAACAUCGCCCAGAGACUACGUCCGACAAUGAGACCAAGAUGGAGGAAGCAAGUACCUCGCGCGCAACGUCUCGUCGCAGACGCGAAACCACAGCAGCACAAGACAUGGAGGCUUUCUUGGGCCAGUCACGUCCUGUGCAUCAAGAUCUUGUCACUGGAGGGCGCGAUCAGACCUCGAGCGAUAUCGAAGAGGGCCGUCGGGGGAUGGAAGGCGUGAUCAACAUGCUGCGGACACAGAUAGCGGAGAUGAUGCACGACCUUGGAGGCGGACGGUCGAUGAGCGGUGAUGAGGCGAUAGACCUGAUGAACCAGGUGGAAAGGAAGAGGAAGAGGAAGGCCGAAUACCAGAACUUCCUUGGUCUUUCGGUAACACUACCUCCUAAGUUUGAGCCAAGGAAACCUCGUCCAGUUGUGGUCAAGGAAGAGCCGAGUGAUAGUUGA